CAGGAGCGCAUUAUAAUCACCCUUUGCCACCUACAGAUACUAUUUCCUCCAUCAUUCUUUACGGUAAUGGUUCAUUUAUCUAUUCAUCUUGUAGAAGAAGCAAAACUCGGAGGUCCAGUGCAUUACCAAAACAUGUUUCCCGUGGAGAGGGAAUUAGGUCAUUGUAAGCCAUAUGUACGGAAAAAAACUCAACCAGAGGGUUGUAUAGUUGAGGGUCAUAUAGCUGAAGAGACUCUUACCUUUUGUUCACGGUAUAUUGAGGAUAUUGAGACAAGGUUCAAUAGACCUAGGCGGGUCCGUGAUGAACCAAAUGAUGUUGAGCCUUCUGGAAUGUCUUCUCUCUUCCCUCAAUUGGAUAAGCCUGCAUCAGCUUCGGAAAACUUCCCUUUAAAUCCUAUGCAGAAACUACAAGCUCAUCGAUAUGUGCUUCUGAAUUAUGCAACAGUCACGCCAUUUGUGGAAGAACACAUAAAGAGGAGUUCAUGAAGAAGAAGAUUUUCACCUACAGAGAUAGAGAGGAGAGUUAAUAAAGAUUUUGUUGAUUGGUUUCAAAAGUGGGUGAGUAAGCAAUCAUUAUUGUUUAUAUUUGAUUUUAAUGAACAAAUUUGACUAAGUCAAUUUUAUUUGAUUUAGAUUAUGAACCAAGACACAAUAGAUACAAGGUCUAUCCAUCUAAAGUUUUUAGCACGAGGUCCAUCUGUAAAUGCAAGAAGAUUUACUGUAUAUAAAAUCAAUGGGUCCAAAUUUCGAACUUUGGCUCGAGAAGAAGGUUUGAAAACAUAGAAUAGUGGAGUUUUCAUAACCUCCAAAACAUCAUGUGUUGCAAGCAGUGUUCACGAAAAUUUAAGGCAAGUUCAAGGUUGAGAUAAAUUAUAAUGGACAGUUCAAGGUUGUUCUUUUCAAUUGUAAAUGGGCUAAUACUUCUCGAGAUAGAGGAUAUCAAAAGGAUCAUUGGAAUUUUAAUUGUGUUAAUUUUGAUAGAUUGAUUCAUAUUGGUGAACGUGAAGAACAUGAGCCUUACAUUGAAGCAUCUCAAGUACAGACGGUGUACUAUGUGGAUGACAUUGUCAAUAAAGGGUGGAGUGUUGUUGUGCAUCUAAAGCCAAGAGAUUUGUACGAUAUGGAAGAAGUAAUGGAAGACUAAGUAUAUGAGAAUGAACCAUACCAAGAGCAAGAACUUGACCAAUAUUUUGCUGAUGGUGAUGAGUAUGUACAAUUAGCUACAGAUCAUAUAAUUGAUGAUAUAGUAGAGGCAAAUGUUACUACUAACCUAGCAACAGAUGCAAUGUCUGACUGAGUUUUAUGUUAAUUUUAGCUGUUCUUUUUGAAGUAUGUUUUGGUGCUGUGUGUGAUUUUUGAGCUGAUUUGGAGUGAAUUUGUUUGGGUUUAUCAUUUGACGAGGCUUUGAUUCGACUAACUCAGUUGAAAUGGAAAUUAUCUUUUUUCCCCAUAAUCCAUCCCCUGUUCCUCAACCACUUAAUAAGAGUUCCAGCUAUGGUAUUUUUCAUGACUAAUUUCUCACUAUAGCAUCUGAUAUUUCUCAAUAUGGUGAGAUAUAUGAGGUGAAUGGUGAGCAGGUUGAUGUAAUUUUUGUGUUAGUGAAAAGCAAACCAUGGAAGAGGAGAAAGAUGAGAAAUCAAAGAAGCUCAGGAUCUGAAACCAUCAAUAUACUAGAUUCCUAGUAUGUAUUAUUCAUCUGUAUUGCAAUUAAAUUGAUGAUAAAAUCACCUUCUUAGUAGAUUUCUGCUAUGUAUUAUUCAUUAGUCGUUUUUGAAUUUC